AUGAACAAUCCCUGCAAAGAGGAAGUUUAUUUGUCCGCUGCACAGAUUAUUUAUUGCUUCAAGCGGAUGGAAGUAACCUGCCAUGCAAGCACUGCUGUCAAUGCUGUUCCAGAGAAAGUGUCUCUGAAGACUUAUCUGAUUAAUGUGAUGGGAAUGAAGUCACCAAGUUGGAGGAUGAACAUGGCUGCAUCCGGUAAGGGAAGCGUGGUUAGUGCUUUAUGUCUAAAAGAGAGCUCUUUACUCGGAACACUCAAGGAAGAGACAAUGGAGGCCAUCAUAAAUUUCUUGAGGGAUGAGUUGCCGCAGACAGAGAUGAUAACAAUGAUGAAUGUCUGUGUGCCAGAGGUGGGUCUGAAAUUUGACAAAUGGUCGGCCUUAUUGAUGGUAUCUCUCUAUGAAAGUAAAGCACAUGACAGGCGAGAAACUUGA